AUGUCUACUACUGAAGAAACUAAAGUCACCAAACCAGUCAUUGAAGACAGAAUCUACGUUGGUAAUGUUGAUUUCAAAGCCACUGAAGAUGAAUUGAAAGAAUUAUUUCAAGAUUUAAAGGUCACCGAGGUUGAAAUCCCAUUCAAGGAAAAUACUCGUGGCGAUAAAGUUUUCAAAAGACAUUUAGGAUUUGCCUUUGUUCAAUUUGAAAAUAAGGAUGAUGCUGAUAAAGCCAUUGCUACUUACAAUGGUCAAAAAUUCCAAAGAAGAAACAUUUUCAUCAAAAAGGCAGUUCCACCACCAACUGAAGAAGAAAAAAAGGAACGAGUUGAAGCCUUUAAAGCCAAAAGAGAAGAAAUCAAAAAGGAAAAAGAACAAAAGAAGGCUGAAGCUAAAAAGAAGAGAGAAGAGGCUGCUGCUACUGCUAGUGCCAAUGGUGAAUCUACUGAUUAUACACCAGCUAUCCCAGAUGGAACUCCUUCCAAGGAUACCAUUUUCAUCACCAACUUGGAUUACAAAGUUAACGUUAAAACUUUGAACAAUUUAUUCAAGGAUUUGAAACCAAAAUGGAUCCAUGUUCCUUCAAGAAGAGUUCCUUACAACAGAAGAGGUCGUGGUGGCAAGUUUAGAAAACCAUUCAACAAGGGUAUUGCGUUUGUCAAGUUUUCUAAUGAAGAAACCCAAAAGCAAGCUGUUGCUGAAUUUAAUGGUAAAGAAGUUAAUGGCAGGGAAAUUAUUGUUGAUAUUGCUAUUGAUUCCAGAAUUCCAAAAGAAGGGUCUGCUGAAGAUGUUGAUGAUAGUGACAAUGAUGAAGAAAAAAGUGAUGGCAACUAA